AGCGGCGGCGGCAGCAGCGGCAUGCGGCUCCUGUUCUUGGCCGUGCUGCGGCGGCACACGGGCAACGCCGUCACGGCUCAGCGCGUCCGGGACCACCUGGAGGCCGCGGGCCACGUCUGCGUUCUCAGAGACGCCUUUGACUUUGAGAGCCCGGCUGACGUCGCCGACCUCAUCAUGGCCGAGAACGUGGAGGCGGCGCUGGCGCUCCACCUGUACAGGGGCGGCCGACUCCUGCAAGGUCACCGAGUCCCUUUCGGAAUCAUCUUUGGAGGAACUGACUUGAACGAAGAUGCCAACCAGGAAGAGAAGAGCAGAGUCAUGGGCCGUGUCCUCGAGGAGGCCAGGUUUGCUGUCGCCUUCACAGAGCCCAUGAAGGAAAUGGCGCAAAGGCAGUGGCCGCACGCGAAGGGUAAGAUCUACGUCCAGAGUCAAGGCAUCACCACGACGCCCAGCGCUGCCUUCAACUGGAGCACCUUUCUUCAGCGCGCAGACAUACACCGGAGUGCUGACGGCCUGCGCGUGUUCCUGCUCAUCUGUGGGCUUCGGCGAGUCAAGGACCCCCUGUACUUGGUGGACGCCUUUUCAGAGUGGCACCGGGAGGACCCGAGCGUGUUCUUCCUCAUCGUGGGCCCCGAGGUCGACCCCGUGUUCACCCAGGAAGUGAAAGCCGCCGUGCAGAGGGCGCCGGGCGUGCGGCUGACCCGGGAGCUGCCGCAGGACGAGCUGCACGCCGCGGUGAGGAACUGCUGUGCCGUGGUGAACAGCUCCGUGUCGGAAGGCAUGUCGGCCGCCAUCCUCGAGGCCAUGGAUUUGGAAGUCCCGGUGCUGGCCAGGAACAUCCCCGGGAACGCCGCCAUGGUGAAGCACGGCGUGACGGGGCUGCUGUUUUCGGACCCUCAGGAGUUUGUUCAGUUGGCCAAGAGACUGAUCCGUGAUCCCACACUGGAAAGGGAACUCGUGGCCAACGGGAAGGAGUACGUGCGGCUCAGUCACUCAUGGCAGGUGGAGCGAGACGUGUACCGCAACCUCGUCGGGAAGCUGAAGGGGGGCAGCGAGGACUGAGGAUGAAGCCCUGCUCCCGUCACCGGCCCCCAGACGCCUGGGCAGCCCGGGCGGCCGGCGCCAGGCCAGUCCACGCCAAGCCCGUCUCCUGCCACUCACGGAGUCCCCGGGAUGCCAUGCCCACCCCAGAGCUCUCUGCUUGGAUUCCACCCAUGGUGCCCGCUGCCCAGACCUGGUGCAGGUGCGCCAGCUGGCUGAACCCAGAGGGAAAGGGGUGUGUGUGUGUGGGGGGUAGAUGAACCGCGAAGACUGUUGUGUGGACAAGAGGCUCAUUCUCAGGCCGUCCCAGUGUAGACCGGCUGUGCCGGGUUCUGAGAGGGAAGGAGACGCCCAUCAUUGCCAGUUCAAAAAGCAAA